AUGAAUGGGCCGCGUGCCUCUAAACGCGCGUUUCUUUGCGAACUGCCUUGUCUCCCGGCGGAUACGAAGGUCCGGUUUCUGGGCUGUGUGAGACAAUAUAAUGUCACUGAGGGUCAUCUCAUCCUCGAACACAAUUAUCUACGCGGUAAAGAAGAAGCCAACACAGUUCCGGUCGACAUCAAUGCUGUUCUUGAAGAUGUCACCUCGGAGGAGCUGCAUGUAGGCGCCUGGUUGAAUGUGAUUGGAUAUGUCAGAGACUGUCACUCGCCAUCUGCUUCUUUCUCCUCGAGUCAGCUUGACGCACAGUCACAGCAUUCAAACGACUCUUCGUCCGCCGCCAAAGUACCAAGCACUAUCCCGUCACGACCGGUGUACAUCGACGCGGUUUUAGUCUACCCAGCGGGCGCCAUUGCUCUAGGAGAGUACGAGCGAAUCUUACGCAAUCUGUUGGACGUGGAACGCCGUAUGCAGUUCGUUGGUUGA